GAGUAGGGCAGUGGUGCUAUAGUAGUAGUACAGGAGCUGCCCCGCAGCGGGGAGUAGGGACUGUGUUUUUUAUUUUUACGUUUACAUUCUUUGACUGCUCUUCCAAACGGAAACCCUAGUGGCGCCGGUUUUACGGCUUUGGAAAGUUCACCUGACGUCGUGCUGCCAAUAAUGGAGGGUCCCUGCGGGGAAGGUGACCUGUUUACAGUGAAACAUGAGCUAAAGAACGCUAAUUUGACGGGCCAUGCAGAAAAAGUGGGAAUUGAGAACUUUGAGCUACUGAAGGUCCUUGGUACAGGAGCCUAUGGAAAAGUGUUUUUAGUAAGGAAAAUCAGUGGACAUGACACAGGAAAGCUUUAUGCCAUGAAGGUGCUAAAAAAAGCGACAAUCAUUCAGAAAGCCAAAACAGCGGAACACACAAGGACAGAGCGGCAGGUGCUGGAACACAUCCGCCAGUCUCCCUUCUUGGUCACCCUGCACUAUGCUUUCCAAACUGAUACCAAACUGCAUCUUAUUCUAGAUUAUGUGAAUGGUGGGGAGCUCUUCACACACCUUUCCCAGAAGGAGCGUUUCAAAGAAAGUGAAGUUUGCUUUUACAGUGGGGAGAUAGUCCUAGCACUUGAACACUUACACAAGCUUGGCAUUAUAUAUAGAGAUAUCAAGCUUGAAAAUAUUCUCCUAGACUCCAGUGGUCAUGUAGUUUUGACUGAUUUUGGGCUAAGCAAAGAGUUUGUGGUUGAUGAGAAAGAGAGAGCAUUCUCUUUUUGUGGCACAAUAGAGUACAUGGCACCGGAGAUAGUCCAAGGAGGUGACUCUGGGCAUGAUAAGGCUGUGGACUGGUGGAGCCUUGGAGUCCUCAUGUAUGAGCUACUGACAGGAGCAUCACCUUUCACUGUAGAUGGAGAGAAAAAUUCACAGGCUGAUAUAUCUAAGAGAAUACUUAGAAGUGAGCCUCCUUUUCCUCAAGGACUAAGCUCUCAAACUAAAGACCUGAUUCAGAGGUUGCUAAUCAAAGACCCCAAGAAAAGGCUGGGUUCAGGACCUAAUGGCUCAGAUGAGAUUAAAACGCACCCCUUUUUCCAGAAAAUGAAUUGGGAAGAUUUGGCUGAUAAAAAGGUGGUACCACCUUUCAAGCCUGUAAUUCGCGAUGAGCUAGAUGUCAGCAAUUUUGCAGAGGAGUUCACGGAAAUGGACCCAACAUACUCCCCUGCAGCUCUACCCCAGGAUUCAGAUCGAUUGUUUCAGGGCUACUCUUUUGUUGCUCCGUCCAUUCUGUUUAAACGCAAUGCAGUCAUAACUGACCCAUUCCAGCUGCAUGUGGGCACAGAACGUCCAGGCUCCAGUGCAGUGGCUCGGAGUGCUAUGAUGAAGGAUUCACCAUUUUAUCUAAAUUACGAGUUGGACCUAAAAGAUAAUCCUCUGGGUGAAGGAAGCUUUUCAAUCUGUAGAAAAUGCAUUCACAAGAAGACAAGUCAGGAAUAUGCAGUGAAGAUCAUCAGCAGAAGGAUGGAAGUACAGACCCAAAAAGAGAUUGCGGCUUUGAAGCUUUGUGACGGCCACCCUAACAUUGUCAAGCUUUAUGAAAUCUACCAUGAUCAGCUCCACACUUUCAUGGUACUUGAAUUGCUAAAAGGUGGAGAGUUGCUGGAACGCAUUCGUAAGAAGAAGCUGUUCAGUGAGACCGAAGCCAGUCGCAUCAUGCGCAAACUUGUCUCAGCCGUCAGCCACAUGCAUGAUGUUGGGGUGGUUCACAGAGAUUUGAAACCAGAGAACCUGCUUUUCACAGAUGACAGUGACAACUCUGAAAUUAAAAUCAUUGACUUUGGGUUUGCUAGAUUAAAACCUCCAGAUAAUCAGCCUUUAAAAACCCCAUGCUUCACGCUGCAUUAUGCUGCACCAGAAAUUCUUAAGUAUGAUGGCUAUGAUGAGUCCUGCGACCUGUGGAGCCUUGGUGUCAUUCUGUACACAAUGCUUUCAGGCCAGGUACCCUUUCAAUGUGAAGAGAAGAUGCUGACUCAUGCCAGUGCAGAAGAGAUCAUGAAAAAAAUCAAGCAGGGAGAUUUUUCCUUUGAAGGAGAAGCCUGGAAAAGUGUUUCUCAGCAGGCGAAGAACCUCAUUCAAGAACUACUGAUUGUUGAUCCAGUCAAGCGGAUCAAAAUGUCAAGUCUAAGGCAUAAUGAAUGGUUGCAGGAUGACAGCCAUCUUUCUUCCAACCCUCUUAUGACUCCUGGCAUUCUAGGAACUUCAGGUGCUACUGUGAACACAUAUGUCAAGGCAACAUUCCAUGCAUUCAACAAAUGCAAGCGGGAGGGGUUCUGCCUCCAGAAUGUAGACAAGGCACCCUUGGCCAAGAGAAGGAAGAUGAAGAAGACCAGCACAAGCACAGAAACCCGGAGCAGUUCCAGUGAGAGCUCACACUCUUCCUCCUCACAUUCACUAGGCAAGGCAUCCCCCUCCAAGACGCUACAGCCAAAUCUCCAAAAUGAGAGCAAUAACGAAGCGGACACCAUCUUCCAGUUUGCACAGUGAGCUUUGGGACAUCUUACAACUCUCCAAGUGAGAGUGAAAAGUGCUGUGGUCAUCUUCCAGUAUGCUUAGCAAUAGUUAAGAUAGUGGCUAUGCCAUGAAACACUAGUUAAGGGCUUGGCCCAUGGCUCCUUGCACUGCUGAAGAGGCCAAUGUCUUUUCUAUUUCUUACUCCAUCAUAUUUAUGAUCUUUACUAGGAGAGAACUCUUGGUUCUAACACAGUACAACCUGCCAAGGAGGCAAAAAGGAACUGUGUGAAAUUCAUGGUUUUUAAAGAGCUUGUUUUGAUAUUUUUGUAUUUGAAACUCCCAGCAUUAACAAAAUGAGUAGUUUCUAAUUGUUAUUUAUUUGAGGUCACACUUGUUUUCUUCUGCUGGAUUGUCCUGAAUAUUAACAUCCCUCUUUAUAUUUCAAUCUUUAACAGGAUUUGAUUAUUAAGCAUAUCUGGUUACAGUUCUUUUUAUACUCUUCACAAGGAUCUGGCCAGCAGGCAAACUAAUUUCCAACUCAUGGUAGAAACAGGCUCGCUAAGAUUGAGAGCCUAACUCUUAAUUUACUCACGAGUGAGAUAUUUUUAUGAACAUCUUUCUAAAAAGAGGAGAAUGUGACUUGAUUCAGGGACACUGACAUUUCUGGCGACGUACUUUCUGCCUGCUUGAAAACAAAGGCAUUUCAUAAUCAAAGUAUAUCAGAGAUGCAAUGAAAGAAAGAGAAGACACUGGCAGAGACAAGUGUGAAAUGUUAUGUAAGUUUUAGAUGUGAGAGACUUGGAAACAAAUUAAGGUAACUGAUUUUUAAAUUGAUUUUAUGUAAUAAUGGACCAGGCCUUGAGGCCACAUUUUUUCACACACACACACACACACACACACACACACACACACACACACGCACACGCACACAUAUACAUAUAUCUAAAUUUCUGCUUCUGCUUUAACUUUACACUCUUUCCUCUUAAGCAAGAUGCAAGGUACUUUUUGAAUACUGUGCUCAGAGCUGGACUCUGCAUAAGAAUGUAGAUGCAUUGGUGUUGGUGACUAGGAGGAGUAACUACAGAUGAUUUGUUGAUUUAGAAGCUCUUAGUUUGGUGCUUUGGCAAAGACGUUUAAAUGUGUUACCAUGCUUUCAUAUUAGACUUGUACAGUUUUCUCCCACUGCAUGUCUACUUCCUACUUAACUAUGUCCUACUUGCGCACUUGUCAGAUUCGGUUACAUUCUGAAAUCUCUGAUUAGAGCACUCUGCAUAUAUAAUUGGUGGAAGGAUUUAGACACAGCAUCUUGCUCAUGUGCAGAAAGUACCGAUUGUGAAAUGAGGCUUUGUAUCUCCAGCCAUUGCUUGCUAGGAUGCCAAGCAUAUAACAUGAUGUGAUCAGAACGGAACCCAGUCUAACUACUUUUCAGAUGGCAUUUAUGAGAUAAUUUUAUAAGAACUUGCAGUUUGCCUGUAGUGUCAUGUCUUGAACAGCAAAACUGAGGGAAUACCCUUGUUCCGCCAUUGUUAUUUACAUAUUUGACUGUUUAUUAUAUUGUAGCAGCUGUGCCAUUUUCUAGUGAAUACAGGACCAAUUUUAUGCAUGAGAUACAAUUUGUCGAAAAUAAAAAAUACCAACUGUAGACAUUUUGAAGGUGAGGGAAUGAUUUCAUCAUCCCUAGAAAACUGAAGUUAAUACAGUGUAUUUCUCCCAGCUGUACAUUAGUUUAGCUGCGCCCCACAAGCACAAUGUGCCAUAUUCAUUGCAUAUAUUGCUUAUUAACUAAAAUGUGCAUUGUAGUCCUUUGUGCUAAAAUCUUUUGUAUUUUUGUAUUCUGUCUUGUAAUUUCUUUGUUGAUCAGUAUUUGUCCUGAAUUUCAACAAGGGCUGCAAAUUUGUAUUUUGUAUGUAACGUAUAUUCUACAGUGAGAGUAUAUGAGGUGUCCGUGACAACACAAUGCCAAACUUCUAAGUGUAAAAACACAGUGGACAUUUGCAGAUGAUGUAUAACAAGAUCUCAGAGGUAUGUGUGUGUGCAUUUGUUAAGUGUAUAGUCAAUGUUUUGUAAAGUUUGACUAAAAAUAUUUUAUUUGAUACUUGUAUAUUUUCAAGUUGUACCUGAAUAUAUUUAACAUUCAGAUGCAGUAGAAGCAGAAAAACUGGCGCUGUGCCUGUUAAAGAGCUUGAACGUGUAUGUUAUUGUACCAAAGCUGCAUCUCUUUUUAAUAUGUGACAAAAUUACAUGCUAAAUUAACUUUUUCUUUCACAGAACUCUCCUAUAUUUAGAGUGUGUAAAUGAUGUUGAAUAGGAUUAUUAUCCUAACACUCAUUUGUUUACUAUUAAUUUUAUUGUAACUUUGGCAAAGCCACGAGACUUGAGCCAAAGAAGAACUGUUGCUUACAUUUUUGUGGGCUGAAUUGUGAGAGCAGGGUACAGUUCACCAAUAGUCGUUUGGACUGUCAAAUUGAUUUUUUUUUUACAGUGGAGUAAAGACCAAUAGAUUUAAAAGAAAUUAAAAAUGUGAAAGUUCUGCCUGCAGAGAAAGCUUCUAAGUGCCCACCAACACUGAAAAAAACUGAGCAAGUGUAUCAUAUGUUUGAGGACGUCUUUCACACUUAGCCACCCCACGUAUUUACAGGUAGACUGCUGUGCCAAGGUCAUGUAGUGUAGAGACAAACUUGACGUGGCACUUUUCUGGGUCAGAACCUUGUAGGAGGAAAUCUGACUCUUUGGUUCGUGUGAAGAAAGUUGUGCAUAUGACAGCAGCAGUUUAAUGGAGGCUGGGCUUUAGGCAGCGUUCAGAAAAGAUAAAGAUACAAUAGUAUACACUGCUUUAUAUUAAGUAUAAUGCUCUUUUUCAGUUUGUCAUACUUGUUUUAUAUCUACAACAUGCUUUUGUUCAUGUGAAAAAUUGUCCGAUAGGAUGAAAAGCAACUUAAUACUGUUUUUUUGCUAACAUUUAGUGCAAGUUUUCACUUUUUCUUGCACCAUCUUUUAUGUAACUGUUGUCAACUUAAAAAAUCAUCCCAAUAAUACAAACAAGUGAAUCCCAGUGAUUCCCAUUUUUUGUGAUUGUUAAAUCGGGAAUAUCCAGGGUUGUAUAUAUGAAGGAGGCAAUUCAAGAUAAACUCCUUUUACACAUUCAGUUCACCAAAAUUCGGUAAUCAUGUUUUCCCUUCCUCAUGUUUAUAGUGAAAAUUAAAGCAUUUGAGCUGAAAUCAUUGGCCAGUUCCAGUAGAGCUGCUGAAAUUCCCAGUUAAAUUGGAAAUCCUUCUUUUCUGCCUAUUGCACAUAAAAGAAGGUAGUUGGUAUUUUUAUUAUUAUUCUCUGAAGGCAGGUUUCCGUCAACAAUUAGCACUUAAGGAAAGAGGUUGCAAAGUUUGGAAGGACAUCUCAGUGUAUUAGUGACUCUAUGACAUUGAUAAGAAAAUGCAACCGAAAGCAGAUGGGUACAAAUCUCUUCACUUGGGAAUAUCAUGCUUGCAUUUCUCACACAGAAUUCUGUGAGACUGUCAUCUUUUACAUAAUGUUAUACUAACACAAGGACAAAAGACUAGCCGGCAAUGUAAUGACCAUUGCAAAAUAAAUUAACUAUGAGAGAGCAGUGUUUGUGCCCCUAAAUUGCUGUUUUCAUCCUAGUGCAGUUUUCUGACCUUCUGUUUUAUUUCUCUUUAAUCUGAAUCCUUGAUUUUGUUGGAAUAAGGGGCCUUUUUAAAGAUAGGUGCACUGGCCUCGAAACUCUCUUAUCUUUGUUUUCUCUUAGCAGACCAUCAUUUAGCAGAGAAUACAUUUGUAAACAGAGCCUUCAGACAUGCAUGAGUUUGCCACAGCCAUUCACUCACUGAUAAAGAAUUCCAGGGUCAUACGGUUGUUCCCUCCCAGAGCACUGAAGUAGUUUUCUUUUUUAAAUGUGUGCCAAAAAUGUUUGAAUUUUUGAAAAUCUUGUGGGCAACAGUUUUCUGAGGCAAGGGUUGUAUACCUCUUCGAGAAAAUGCAGCCAGCUAUGUGGAAUGUGCCUCAAAAAUUCUGUCUGUUCUGAGUUUCAAGGACACAUAUAAAGGACUUGGGAUGUUGGGUACUUGUUAAACCUUCUCAGUUCAUGUUUUAUCAUCAUUUUGUUGGACUUCUUAUCCAAUAGAGUGUUUUUCAUUUUAAUUAAAUAUUCAUAUGGCCAAAGAUUAGGUACCACUAAAAUAAAUAACUAAGGUUUUUUAAUUACUACUUGUUUUUGGUAGUUGAACGAUGCCAAAUGCAGCUUCUCAUUGUAGCACAGACGUAUUCCAUUCUGUUUUGAUUGCUGAGUACUAGUGAUGGGUGAUACAGCUCGUUUUCUUUUCGAUCCUAUACCAGGUGAUACUGAGGCCAGCAUUACUGAUACUGAUCGCAAUACUGUUGCCGCCAGAGUGUUGUCUUGGAAGAAUGGUUAAUAUUCUGUAAAAAGUUACAGUAUUUGUGGUCAUCAAAAAGUCACAUCUUACAAACUUUGCAUUAGAAGACUAUUACAUAUAGUGCCAAAGAUCGGACGACUUUGAUUGUUUAUUAACUGAAAUUAUUAAACAUGUUCAAUUUUUGUAAACAAUCUGUGGAACAACAACAACCAUUAGCAUUACAGUUUUUCGUGAAAAAAACAUUAAAAUUGUUGCGUUUUUUGGCUCAAAAAAUGAUUUUAUUCACUGUCAAAUGUGCAAAACACUAAAAGUACACAGUCAGAAGUGUACAAAUUACAGUAAUAAUGCAAAUACCGAGCAAGCAUUACUUUCAGAUACAUGAGACUCAAUUUCGGUUUUACUGUCCAUUUCCAAUUCACUGACUGAAGACAGAUUCACUUCGUCUUCACUGCUGAUGAGAGGCUCCUCAACAUCACUACUCGUAUCACCGUCAAGAGAGUGUAAUACUUGGGCUUCUAAAAAACAUUUUCAACGAGAUGCUAUUAUUACUAGGCAUGCCUGCAGGUGAGAGAAGAAAACGUGUCUAUACUGUUGCCCGGCUAAUGCUCGAGACUGCUGCUUUUAGCAUUGUUUUUACAGCCCGAAUGAAACUCUAGUCUAAUGCUAAGGA